UUACUAUUUUUAUCAUGUAUGCUGUGUUAACAUUGCUCCUUGUUCUGUCUUUCUCCUUCAGCAGCUUGCCCAGCAGCAAGAAAACUGAAGGAAGUCAUGGAACUAAUACUGCUCUGCCCAAUGCCACUACACGUGCGACAGAAGCUCUAGAUGGCUUGCUCUAUUAUUUCUGGGAGCAUGACCCCAAGGCAAAAAAAAUUGGUUUCUUUUUUUCUUGUGGUCAAAUAGGAGGUUGGGGUGGAAAUGAAGUAUGGACCCAAUGUAGCUGUAAUACGAGAGAUGCUUGUACUGAUUGUUAUCGCUGGUGGGAUGCUGUCUCUCUUGAAUCUAUUGCCACUUAUGGCAUUUACACUAAAUCUAACAGAAAUGCUACUGUCCCCAGCACUAUUUAUGCUCAUUCACCGUAUAAUGAAAAAUGGAAUGCUACAGCUAUUUGUACUUUCAUUGAUGAUUUUCUGUGGUAUGGUAUUGCUUACUUACGAGUAUAUGAAUGGCUCAAGGAACCAAUAUGGCUCAACCGCUCUCUCGGUAUAUACAAUUGGUCAUGGUUUUAUGGCUGGGAUGAUGACAGAGUAAAUGAAACGUCAACCAAUGAAACGUCAACCAAUACUAGCUGUGGUGGUGUUUGGUGGAAUAAUUGUGAAGACCAUCAUUUUAAAGACUCCAUCACUAUACUACAGAUGCUUCACUUCUCAUCAAAACUAGCUUAUCUUUUUCCUAAAAAUGAUACUUACUUGUUGAAGGCAGAAAAAGUAUGGAACUGGUUCUUCAGUUUUGAUGAUGGAUAUGGCUUAAUGACUGAAAAGUAUUUAGUAUCAACUGGUGCUGUUCCUGAAAACUGCUGUAAUUCUUCAUCAACUGAUCCGUUUGCUAAAUGUCACAAUUCAAGGAUACCAGGUACUUCAUAUAAUCAAGGACUACUGAUGAGUUCAUCAGCUUACCUGUACAGGAGGACUGGUAACAAGACCUAUCUACUAGUAGGAAUGAGAGCAUUAGAAGCUAUACUGACCAACUAUACUACCGACGAAGGUAUUCUUAUAGAUGAGCCUAGAGGCUAUCAAAACUAUCAAUAUGAUUGUUGGGGUUCUUCAUCAGAUCCUGGGGGUGACUGGUACUCAUUCCAAGGUAUAUUCAUGCUCCAUCUUGGAUAUUUUGUGGAGACGCUGAGGGAUAAUGGAAGCUUUUCUGAUGAUAUGUUAGAAAAAGUGACAGCAUUUAUACAGAAGACAAGUGAUUCUGCAUGGACAAAAUCAGUUGUAUGGCCUCCAUUUAACAAUACUUCUGAUGCCUGUAACACUGGUCCUCUUAAACCUGCUGUCAACUACCCAAAGUUUCACUGGUGGUGGGGAGAAAAUACAACUUCUCAAAUAAUUCCACCAGAUCCAAGUAUAUUCUUUCAUAAAAGUCAGUUACGCUGUGCUGGUAAUAAUACACAGCUAUGGGAAGGUUUAACUAAUGAUGAAAAUGUCUGUAAAGGGAAAUGCAUGGAGUACUCAAACUGCUCUAAAUACCUUUAUAGUUCCUAUCAAGAUGUUCCGGGCAUUGAUUGUUGGAUAUGGUCCUAUAAUCGUACUGAUCACUUAUGCCAUAAAAAUGACUAUGACUUCAGUGUUGGGAUAAAGAGACCUGUGGGCGCUUCUUGUUCCGGCCAUUGUAACAGUAGUACACCCAUCAAAACAGCAAGUGGUGGUGUGUGUUAUUGUGAUGCACAAUGUGAUAAGCACCUUGACUGUUGCCUUGAUUAUGUCGACCAAUGUCUACCUGAGGAUAAGCAAAUCCCGUCCUGCAAGGGAACAUGCAAUAAGAAUCAAGCUCUUCCUAUAAGAGGAGGUGGGUACUGCUGGUGUACAAUGGGAUGUAAUCCUUGGUAUACUGAUAACAACAGUAUCGGUAGUUGUUGCAAGGAUUAUGUGCAAGAAUGUCAACUGAUAACAAUUCCUCCUUGCCUUGAUGCAAGGACUCAGGGAUCUGCUGUCAAUCUGUUUAUUAGCCAUUUACGUGUGGAACAACUUUCACAAGGAUAACAAAAUGUUUUGAAAUACAAUGAAGCAUAUUAUUUGGAACUUGCUACAGUUGCAUAUUACAAUUGCUAGCUACAAUAUAGUUGUAGUAUUAGGCAACUGAGAUGCUGUAAUAUAAUAAUUUGAGAGCUAUACAAUUUAUUUCUCUUUGUAGUAAUCUACAUGUAUGUAAAUAAUAAUGCUUAGAUAUAAGAACAAGAAAAAUAG